CUCCCCGUCAUUACCCGGACAGCGACCGCGACAGGGACCCUCCCCCGAAUCCUUCCAGCUCCCUCCUGGCACGGCGGCACCGCUCUCGUGGCCAUGUCGCCCGCCGCCGCCGCCACCUCCUUCGCCUCAGCGACCAUCGCCGCCCCCACCGGUACCUGUCCCUCCCGCCGCCACCUCCGCCUCCGCCUCCACCUUCUGCUCCACGGGCCCCCCACCCCUCUCCGCGCCGUCGCCUCGAUGGCCGUCUCCGCCCCCAGGUCCGCCGCCGCCGCCUCGUUCCUCGAGCGCCGCGAGUCUGAGCGCGCCCUCCACUUCGUCAAGUACCACGGACUCGGCAACGACUUCAUCAUGGUGGACAACAGGGAUUCGUCCGUGCCGAAGGUGACUCCGGAGGAGGCGGCGAAGAUGUGCGACCGAAACUUCGGCAUUGGUGCCGACGGCGUCAUUUUCGUCAUGCCGGGGGUCAAUGGGGCGGACUACACGAUGAGGAUCUUCAACUCAGAUGGCAGCGAGCCGGAGAUGUGUGGUAAUGGAGUUCGUUGCUUUGCUCGUUUUAUAGCCGAGCUCGAAAAUCUGCAGGGAACAAAUAGCUUCAAGAUUCAUACUGGUGCUGGACUGAUUAUUCCUGAAAUACAAAGUGAUGGGCAGGUAAAGGUUGAUAUGGGCGAGCCCAUCCUUUCUGGACCAGACAUCCCCACAAAACUGCUAGCUACCAAGAACGAAGCUGUUGUCCAAGCUGAAUUGGCAGUUGAGGGUUUAACAUGGCAUAUAACAUGUGUUAGCAUGGGCAAUCCUCACUGUAUCACAUUUGGUACAAAGGAGUUAAAGGUCUUGCAGGUUGAUGAUUUAAAACUUAGUGAAAUCGGGCCUAAAUUUGAGCAUCAUGAAAUGUUUCCUGCUCGCACUAACACAGAAUUCGUACAGGUUUUGUCUCGCUCACACCUCAAAAUGCGAGUUUGGGAGCGCGGUGCUGGAGCAACUCUUGCUUGUGGUACUGGUGCUUGUGCAGUUGUUGUUGCAGCUGUUCUUGAGGGCCGAGCUGAGCGGAAAUGCAUAGUUGAUUUGCCUGGAGGACCAUUGAAAAUCGAAUGGAGGGAGGAUGACAAUCAUGUUUACAUGACUGGUCCUGCAGAGGCUGUCUUUUAUGGAUCUAUUGUUCACUAGGUACUGGGGAGGAAGAUAGAAGGGUUACUAGAACUUCGAGUCCAAGAGAUGAAACCAUCAAGCUUGAUAAUGUAGUUACCCUUUUUUCUAAAAAAAAAAAUAGUUAUCGCUUCUCACAUUGCAUGGACCUUUUAUUCAAAGGCGAGUGGGAAUUGGGAUCUGGUUUGCUCCUUGCUGCUGGGAAUGCCUUUCCGUGUCAUAAGUAGAUCUGCCAGAAGUGGACGCCAUGUGUUUUGUGUCUCUUGUGUACUACUUUACAUAAAAUCAGUGAUGCAUCAUAUCAUUGUAUUUGUGCUUAUUUUUUAA